AUGGAAAGUAACAAGGACGAAGCUAGAAAAGCAAGGGAUAUGGCUGAGAAGAAAAUUUCAGAGAAUGAUUACGUUGGAGCCAAGAGAUUUGUUAUCAGGGCUCAGAACUUGCAUCCAAAGCUUGAUGGUUUGGAAAAAAUAUCGAUGACCAUCCAUGUUUUAAUCUCUGCAUCAAACAAGAUCAAAGGAGGAAGAGGAGAAACUGAUUGGUAUGGAGUUCUCGGUGUAGACCCUUCAGCUGAUGAAGAAGCAGUGACGAAACAGUACAGGAGGUUAGCUCUUCUGGUUCAUCCAGACAAGAACAAGUUUAGUGGCGCGGAAGAGGCGUUUAAGCUUAUUAAUAACGCUUUGUCUGCGUUAUCUGAUAAGGUUACGAGAAGUGCUUUUGAUCAAUCGAGAGAAGCUAAACAGAAAAAUGGUUGGAAGAAGCAGAAACCAUCAAAGCCACAAGAGCAAGAUUCUUCUGAUGAAGAAAGCGUGAGUCGGAGAAAAUAUGAACCUAAACCUAGGGAGGAUCACACCUUUUGGACAGUGUGCAAUGUAUGCAAGACGUAUUGUAUGUUUGAGAGGUUUAACAAUCUAAACAAGACUUUGUCUUGUCCAAACUGCAGCCGAGGCUAUGUUGCGAAAGAGAUCAUUCCAGAGAAGGACGUUGAUGGGAGGCCAGUCUUUAGAUUCCCACCACCUUACAAACGAGAGCAAGAUCCGAGUGCCGAAUCUCAAGAACGAAGGGAAAGGACAAGCGAUGCUUCUUCUUCUUCCUCAACUUCAGGAUCUGAUAGCGCAAAGGCUGCAAACUCAAGUCAUGAAGCAGAAGAGAGGCCUUUCAAGAAGCCGGUGAAAGUGGAUAUCUUCGAGGAGUGA